AUGGGGGACAGGGGAACGUACAUCCCCUGUGCUGGCAGGGUGGUCUCUGGUCACCCUUCUGGCAAGACCGACGCCGCUGCCGGAGCUCAGGGAAGGCGGCUGCGGGGCUCGUGGAGAGCGAUGCUCGGAGCCGUGCCGGGCCCGCCCCUGCGCCGCUUGCGCGACUCCCCGUGCGGAGCCAGGCGCAGAGCCGCAGUGCGGGACAGGCUGGACGUGGCAGCGGCGAUGCUCCAGGCAAGGCGAAGCUCGGCCGCGUUCCCCGGCUCUGUAGCGCCGGGACGCCGGGGAGCCAGCACCGCUGCGGCUUCUGUCCCGGUUCCACCUGCCUCCCUCCUAGCGCUGAGCGUGUGCUCCCGGGGCGUUCCGGGGGCUACCCCCGCCCGCCUGCUGCCGCUGCCGCUGCUGCUGCUGCUCGGCCUCCCGGUGCUCUGCUCCGCAGGGCUGUGGGAGCUGGGUCCCACCAUCGACGGACAGCGGCUGGCAGUGUGUACGCUGCGGGAGGGGGAGAGCAGCGCCUUCACCUGCCGGGCCCCCAGGCCGGUCCCCGGUGCCGCGCUGGAGUGGUAUCUCGACGGCCGGAGGCAGACGGCAAACUGCUUGGCCACGGGCACUGCCAGCACCCUCACCCUCACUGCCUGGCGCACCGACCGCGAGCUGAACUGCUCCCUGACGACCUACAACGCCUCUGUUCUCCUCGAUGUGCAGUGUAAGCUCCGCAGCGCUGGCCCUGCUCUGGCCAGGUGCGGGGACAGUGUGGGGCUACUUCUUGGCCAGAGCAGGGCUGGGACCUGCGUCUAUUGCAGCUGCAGCAGGGUAGCGUCUUGUCAGCUCCUGGCCCUGACAAAUCUUGUUCCUGGUCGUGCUGUUCUGUCCCUCCUGCCCAUCUCACUGCCUCUGUGUCACCCAGACAAGCCAGAGAUCCUGCAGGCAGACGCCCACUACCAGGAGGUGGAAGGUGCUGGGCUCCUCCUGGUGCUCUUCGUGCUAGUGCAAGCCAACCCCACUGCCAGUGUCACUUGGGUGGACCAGGAUGGACACAUGAUGGGCAACGCCUCUGAGUUUGUCCUCCUGGGCACCGCACACUACCCAGAGCUGGCCAACUACUCGCUUCGCAUCUACCUGGGCCGCACAGCUGGCAACUUCUCUGUCAGAGCUACCAAUAGCGUGGGCAUUGCCACUGCCUCACUCCUGCCCCCAGGUCUGCUGGAUACCCAUGUGGAACUACCCCUCCUGGGCAUUGCUGUUGGAGCAGCUGUGGCCCUGGGUGCCCUGCUCAGCCUGGGCUCCUGUGCUGCCUGCCUUGCAUGCUGCUGGGCCAAGCCAGUGCCAGGCAAGGGGGAAGCAGAAGGAAGCAACCAGCUCAGCCACUGCUCCCACUGUGGUGGCUCUGAUCUCCUGCUGCCCUCAGGCUCACACCUGCCCUGCCAGACCCAGUCACUGCCACCCAACCUCCGCCUCAGUGACUUCACAGAGGAGCUCAGAGCUUCCCCUAAGGACAUGGGAGCUGGGGCCAGGGGAGAGGAAAGUACCAUACUGGGGUCACAGAACCCUCUGGUCCUCAGUGAGCUUGGUAAGGGUGAACAGCCCUGAAAACCAUCAGCCUCUAUGGCCACCCCAAAAGGCAAUGGCACCAAGCUGUCUUUGUCUCACAGGUUUUAUCCAGCUCCCAGUGUCUGGACGCAUCUACAAAGUGCCCAGCACCAGCAGUGA